GUUUUUUCUGUAGUGUUAUAUAAAAAUAAUAACUAAGUGAAAUAAAAUAUAUAAAUUUUCAAUUGGUGAAUUACAUCUUUUGAAAUGGAGUGCAUUUUUAGUGCGUGUCAUCGAUUUACAUGGGCAAUGUUUUUUUUCCUGGCAAUACUAUUUCACAUAAAAACAACAGCCUCUCACUCGGAUGGACUAUUCACAUUAACUGAUCAUGAUUCCCCAGCAGUGUCACCUAAAUUUCUAUCGCGCGGACAUUUGUAUAAAGUCAUAGUUGGUGAAACUAUAGAACUUCCUUGCAAGGUUCAAAAUCUUGGAUCUUUUGUUUUGUUAUGGAGAAAAGGUUCUUCCGUUUUAACAGCGGGUCACUUAAAAAUAACAAGGGAUCAAAGAUUCAAAAUUGUGGGGGACUACAAUCUUCAAAUAGCAAGUGUGAAAACCCAGGACGCUGGUGAUUAUAUUUGUCAACUAGGAGAUCAAGAAAAUCGGGAUCAAGUUCAUACUGUGGAAAUUUUGGUACCGCCAACACUUCGUGCGUUACCGCACAAUGGUCAAGUUACUGCUCGUAAAGGCAGUACCGUUACCUUGGAAUGCAAGGCUUCGGGUAAUCCAGUACCAACUAUUUAUUGGUUUAAAAAAGAUGUGUUCGCGGGACCAACUCAUUUAUCUGAUAGUUCAACAUUAAUAUUGGAGAACGUCGAUAGACAUCAUGCUGGAAUCUAUCAGUGUUCUGCGGAUAAUGGAGUGAAAGAACGCGUAUCAAUGGACAUACAACUAACUAUUCUUUCUCCACCUGAAAUAACUGUCGAGAAGUCAUGGGUUCAUGCGGCCGAAGGUCAUGAUGUAGAACUUGCUUGCAUAGUUCAUGGAGAUGUGAAUUCUGAGAUGCUGUGGUAUCAAAACUCUUUUCUAUUAGAUCCUACCGAUAGAAGAUCAAUGCAGUCAAAUGAUGACAAAUAUACGUUAAUAAUUAGGAAAUUUCAACCGUCUGACUUUGGAAAUUAUAGCUGCGUUGCCGAUAACGCACUUGGUAGAACGAAAAAAUAUAUUGAAGUCUCUGGACGUCCGGGUCCUGCAAACUUCAUAUCACCAGCUUUGAGUGGUUAUCUCGAUCAUUAUAAUUUAACGUGGACUAUUGAAUCAAUACCCGCACUUGAUGAAAUUAAACUUCUGUACAGACGACUAUUGAUGAAUGAAACGUAUCAGCAUCCAGGAAAAUGGCAUGAAAAUCACAUAAAUCCAACAUUAAUUCGAUUUGAUAACACACACUUUAUUAUGUCACAUGUGAUAAAAAAUUUGGAGCACAAUGCAGUGUACGAGGCAAUUGUACAAGCCAAGAAUAAAUAUGGAUGGAAUGAGAUUAGUGACAUUCAUCAAUUCUACACCAGAAAUCACGACCUUUUGCUUGACAUAGAUAUGGAGUACAAAAUGGGAAUUUCGAAUGGAAAAGGGCAUUCACAUAAUUCCAAUAUUAUAAAGGCAGUAUUUGCCUAUGUAAUUUUCCACAGUUUAAAAGUUUGUAUUUAAGGACUUAUUACUUUAUUAUUCAUUCAAAAAUGUGCCUUAUACUUCAGUUCAAUAUUUAAAUUAGUAUUUUGAGCUUUGUUUUUGUUUUUUACAAUACAUUUUUUAUAAAAGAGCUUAGAACACUACU